AUGGCUCCCAGAAAACGCCCAGAAACCCAGAAGACCUCUGAAGUUAUGUGCGGAAAGGGCGCGAGGAGCAGAAGUCCUCAGGAGCAGGAGGCCGAGAAGCACUUUGCGAAGGCCCCCGGUUCUGGCAGGAAGUGUGACUCGGCCUGUCUUUGGGCAGGAUUGGCUAACCUGCAGGUCCCGCCACCGUGCAGCAGCAUUGUCAGGGUCCUCCACCAGCGUCAGCUGGGCCAAGCUACCUGCCCGACACUGCAGCAGAGUCUCCAGCAGUCCUUUUUGCAUUCUCUGGCUUCUUACCGGAUACUCCAGAAGGCCGCCCCCUUUGACAGGAGGGCCACAGCCUUGGCGUGGCACCCAACUCACCCCAGCACCCUGGCUGUGGGUUCCAAAGGGGGAGAUAUCUUGCUCUGGAACUUUAACACAUUGGACACACCCACCUUCAUUAAAGGGAUUGGAGCUGGAGGGAGCAUCACAGGGCUGAAGUUUAACCCUCUCAAUACCCACCAGUUUUUUACCUCCUCAAUGGAGGGAACAACUAGGCUGCAAGACUUUAAAGGCAAUACUCUCCGAGUUUUUACCAGCUCAGGCACCUGCAACUUCUGGUUCUGCAGCCUGGACGUGUCUGCUGGAAGCCGCGUGGUGGUCACAGGAGACAACGCGGGGCAGGUGAUUCUGCUGAACAUGGACGGCAAGGAGCUUUGGAAUCUCAGACUGCACAAGAAGAAAGUGACCCAUGUGGCCCUGAACCCAUGCUGUGAUUGGCUCCUGGCCACAGCCUCUGUAGAUCAAACAGUGAAAAUCUGGGACCUGCGCCAGGUUAGAGGGAAAUCGAGCUUCCUCUCCUCGCUGCCUCACCAGCAUCCUGUCAACGCAGCUUGUUUCAGUUCUGAUGGAGCCCGGCUCCUGACUACAGACCAGAACAGCGAGAUUCGGGUUUACUCUGCCUCCCAGUGGGACUGCCCCCUGGGCUUGAUCCCACACCCCCACCGCCAUUUCCAGCACCUCACACCCAUCAAGGCAACCUGGCAUCCUUGGUACAACCUCAUUGUUGUGGGCCGGUACCCAGAUCCUAAUUUCAAAAGCAGUACUCCCCAUGAAUUAAGGACGAUUGAUGUGUUUGAUGGAAGCUCAGGGAAGAUGAUGUGUCAGCUCUAUGACCCAGAGUAUUCCGGUAUCGUUUCGCUCAAUGAGUUCAAUCCCACGGGAGACACGCUGGCCUCUGUGAUGGGUUAUCACAUUCUCAUUUGGAGCCAGGAAGAAGCUGGGAUGUAG